GUUUCAAAUAAACUUUUCCCUUUUUUUGUUUGUUCUUUUUUUCAUUUGUAGUGAAACUUUCAAUUUUGAAAAAAAAAUUGAUAAGAAAUAAAAAUGGGGGACGUUGAGAAAAUGAGAGAAGUUGAAAAUGAGAAAAUGGAAACAGAAAUGGAAGAAAUAGGAGGAACUGAGACUUCCGAAAUUGACAAAUUGACCGAGGAUUGUCUCAUGGAAAUUUUUCAACGUCUGUCGAUAGCUGACAAAAUUCGUAUAGAAAGAGUUUCUAAAAAAUGGCGAAGCCUGAGUCAAAGAUCGUGGAAUAAUUUCAAAUCCCUCGAUUACUCAGUCAAAACUUGGGGAAUAAAAGAACAUCCUUACCGUCAACAAAUUAUAAAAAGAAUCAAUUUUGAUAAAAUUAUAAGGCUCUCCGGAAUAUACCUAACAAGCAUUUGCACAAAUACAGGAAACUUUGGCAAAAUUUGCCACUUGUUGCCCAAUAUUCAAAAACUGCAAUUGCUCGAUGAUUGUCCUCGAAAAGAUGCAUGUCCAGCUUACAACAAUAAACUAGACUUACUGUGUACAUACUCGCACGAUGCUUGGAAAAGGCUUUUCUCAUGGCUAAUGUCUUAUGGUAAAAAUAUUACAAAUUUUAAAAUUGAAUUGAGUCAUCUGCACUACGAAGGAGAGGAUUUCGCCAGAGUUUUUAGGAAAAUGAAGCAACUGAAAACCUUUCAACUAGGUAAUGCUGAUUGUUUAGACUGGAGUGAAACCUUUAUACUUGAAUUACCAUUGGAGACAAUUCAGGAGAUUAUUUUGAGGGCUAAUUAUAGAACGGCCUUUGAUGACAAAUUGCCUAUGAUAAUCAAAAAAUGCAAACAACUCGAGACAUUUUGCACAUCAGGAGCUGUGAUUUCUAAAAAGGUUGGACUAUUGAAAACCCUAACUUCUCAAGCUGCAUCUUUAAAGAAUUUAGGAAUACAUCAUUUUUAGUGACGUUGACAACCAAAUUGUAUUAUUGUCAACAAUGUCUAUGUUAAUAAAUCUUGAAAGAUUAGAUCUUAGCUAUCAAAAUUUUAUUUCCGACGCACUUCUAGAAGCAAUCUCCCAAAAUUGCAAGAAACUGACCUACUUGAACUUGUCUUAUUGUCCUGGAAUAACGGAUCGUGGAGUUUCUAGUGUAUGUAAUAUUGACAAACUGACUUAUUUAAGUUUAAGAGAGUCGAAAAGAAUAAGAAACCCUCCUCUGGAAAAAUUAACAAGUUUAAUAGUAUUAGAUGCGUAUGAAUCAGUUUUAGAAGAGGAAUGUUUAUGUAUAUUUCUGAAAAAAGCAGAUCGACUUCGAGCACUUAAUGUCGCAAAGUGUCCAUUAAUUACCAACAACCUUUUGGAUGUUGCUAUUGAGGUUGCUAAAACUCGUAAUUCUAAUAACCAGCUGGAUUUAUAUAUCGCAGAAACUGGGAUAGAUAUGAACUCCCUAGAUGAACAACCAUCCUUCUUAAAUAUCACUAGUUCAUUGUGUAUGGAACUUUCGAUGGAUGUUACAGGAUAUGGGAUUAAAGAUCCAUUCAUGUGUCCAUUUACUUCCAU